AUGAUUUUGAUCAAACUCUUUCCAACCUUGUGGGCCUUCACCUCACUCAUUAUCUGUCUAGACGCUUCUUCAAUCCUCGAACAAUCUAGGAACCAUCCCAGGUCUCACCCCACUGCUGGAAAUACCCGUGAUUCUUUCCUACAAAAGAUCUUGCACAACUCUGCUGAUUAUGGAAACUUCUCGGCGGCUAGUCCCAGUAAAGUGCCACUUAAGGUGGGCAUCAUUGGUGCCGGCGCUGCUGGUCUCUAUUCUGCAAUACUGUUGGAAAGCUUGGGUAUUGAUUACGAAAUUCUUGAAGCCAAUACUCGCAUUGGGGGGAGAAUAUACACGCAUCGAUUCGAUGAGGCAAGAUGGUUGAAAUCCAAGCCAGGACAGUCAGACUACUACAACUACUACGACGUGGGAGCCAUGCGUUUCCCAGGAAUGGCAUGGAUGGACCGAAUAAUUGGUACUCAGAACAGCUCACUCGUUUCCUAUAUCAACGCCAAAGUCAAAUCAUCAACAGACAAAGUAAAACUGAUUCCAUAUUACUUCCAAGCCAACGACACUUUUCGGCUUUACAAUGACAAACUGGUAUACAACCAAGUAACUCCUUCUGCCAAUACCUUCGGUGUUUCGAUAUCAGAAGGGGGUACGAUCUCCGAUCCGAAGUUUUCUGCAAUGUCUCCUGGUACGGUUCUGGAUGAUGCGUUAAAAGACUUGUUGACAGCUUUGGUCAAGGACUUCGACACGGGAUUCGACAAGUUGAUGGAAUACGACCAGCUUUCUGUCCGUGCAUUUUUACUCAAGCAAGGAUAUACAUCCCAAGACAUCGACUGGUUGGAGACAAUUGACGAUGCGACAGAGCAUUACGAUUGCGGAUCACUGUCACAAGCAACACUUGAGGCCUGGAUCUUUGACGAAACGCCUCUAAACAGCUGGCAAGCUGUUGAAGGCGGCAUGGAUCGUAUCAUCAAUGGGAUGGUUAAGAUCCUCAAGAACUCGGUGGUGACUUCCAAGCGUGUCACAGGGCUAAAGCCAGGGGCUAAUGGCUCGGUGACUGCUGUCAUCGAUGAGACAGAAGAAAGAAGCUACGCGCAUGUCAUCAACACUCCUCCACUUGGAGUAGUCCAAACAAUGGAUAUGACAGGAUUGAAUCUCGAUUACGCAAAGAAGUCAGCAAUUCGACAAUUGAGGUAUGAUCCAGCUGGAAAGAUUGGAAUGACAUUCAAGACCCGAUGGUGGGAAAAUCUUCCGGGCAAAUUCAAAGGGGGACAAUCCUUCACCGAUUUGCCCCUCCGCCGUGCCGUCUACCCUAGCUACGGCGUCAAUACCACAAACGCAGCAGGUGCCAUGAUAGCAUCCUAUACCUGGGGUCAAGACUCAGCACGUCUUGGAGCAUUCUAUGGAGACUUUACCAGCAUUCCCCACGUCGUCUCCACCACAAUUCGAGACCUUGCACGACUCAACAACGUCACCCACCAGUUCCUUCUUGAUCAGUUCGUCGACUACCACGUAUGGAAUUGGUACGGACAUGAAUUCAGCAUUGGAGCAUUUGCUUCGUUUGCCCCUGCUCAGUUCUCAACUGUCAUGCCGGCGCUGCUGCAGCCUGCGUAUUUUGGGAAAGUCCACUUUGCUGGGGAAGCCCUGAGUUCUGGCCAUGGGUGGAUUAUAGGUGCGUUGAAUUCUGCAUAUAGGGCUGUGGCUGAAGUUCUUGCUGUGGAAGGCUUGGCAGGUAAGUUGCAGGAGCUGGUUGACACCUGGGGUUUGGUUGAUGAAGUUGAUAUGGGAUGGUACAAAAUUGGUUGA